GACCCUAUAAAUAAGCCCUAACUGCUCUUGUUGUCAAACUUUUUAGCUUCUUUGACAUUGAGAGAUCUGCUCAAGAAAGAGAAGAAGCAGCGCCAAGCGACACGAGAUGGCUCGUACCAAGCAAACUGCCCGUAAGUCUACUGGAGGAAAGGCUCCCAGGAAGCAGCUGGCCACAAAGGCAGCACGUAAGUCCGCCCCAACCACAGGAGGGGUGAAGAAGCCUCACAGAUACCGACCUGGUACUGUUGCUCUUCGUGAAAUUCGCAAGUACCAGAAGAGUACUGAGCUUUUGAUUAGGAAGUUGCCGUUCCAGAGGUUGGUUCGUGAAAUUGCACAGGACUUCAAGACUGAUCUGCGUUUCCAGAGCCAUGCUGUUCUUGCUUUGCAAGAGGCCGCCGAGGCCUACCUUGUUGGGUUGUUCGAGGACACCAAUCUGUGCGCCAUUCAUGCCAAGCGUGUUACCAUAAUGCCCAAAGAUAUCCAGUUGGCUCGGAGAAUCCGAGGUGAACGUGCAUAGAAGAUGGUGGAUGGUAUUGGCUGCAAGGAGGUGAUCAAAGGCCUAAUUGAUGUGAUGAUAUGGAUAUGGAUGGAUGGAUGGUUCUUACUUUUGUUUUAAGCAACGUCGGUAGAUAGCAAUACUAGGAAACUUGUAGUGAAUAUGUGGUAAAAUGGCAUAAUGCUUUGCUUGUGCAUGUUGAUGUUUAGCUGUGGAUGAUUUUGUUUUUAGUUUUUUCAAAAGAUGGAGUUGGAUUCUGUAUUUCAUUGAAUUGUGUACUUCGGGCAUGCAGCCAAACUAAUAUCGUCGGUUUAACCUAUCACAUCUAAUCUGUAGUUCAGGUUUCUAA